UGCAGGGGGAAAGCGGAGGGCGGCGAUGCCUCGUGCUACUCUCUGCUGACGGGGAUGCUACGUGUGGGGCGUGAAGGCCCGCGCAAAACCACCAGAAGGCGUUAUUUGGAGAGCGCUCGCGGGUUCCGUUCAGCUCCUGCUUCUGGUCGUGACUUGGCACGCGGCAGAAUGGAGCGUGGUGGGCCUUGGUGCUGUGAUGGGGAGCAGCGGUCCGGCCUGGGAGACGCGUUUCGUUCCUGCUAGCAGCCCUUUCCCCGCUUCUGCAGACGUAGCUUGGGUUGGUUGGCGGGUUUUGUGUGUUGGUCGUACCCAGGUAAAUAUGUUUUCUGAGAUGAGAGUGGAAGAGUUUCACACCAUCUGCCAAACACCCCCAGAGCAUGUGCAUAUUGCACACUCAUCACUUCUCCGAUCACAUAAUUAUAAUCUUCACAAGUGCUCUCAGAAGAUUCCCCACGCUGCUUUCUGGGAUAAAGCAAUGGUCCGGGCAGUGCACCACACAUCUCUGCUCUUCCGCCUCAGGCCUGCCCGUUGGAGUGGCCACAGCAUCCACAGCUCUCCACCAGAGGGGAAAGUGGGACCGGUGGAGACAAUCAUUGGAUUCUCAGCAUUUUCACUGGCAGUUCUUGGACCAGCUGGAUGGAUCCUGUACCACCUUCCAAGCUAUAAAAUGGAAUAAAAAACAUCCCUCUGAAAUUAAGAUCUGGAAGCUGCGCUUUGUCAGUGAAUCCAGCAUCUUGAUCUGAGGCCCAGAUAUGCAUUUGGAAACUUUCCUACAGAUUUUAAUGAGUUUUGGAUAAGGGCCUAUCCAGGGAAAAAUCCAUGCCAGAAACUGAAGUGAAUCCGGGCGAGCGCUCUGCGAAACACUGCUCUUGCAUGCCAUGAAUAUAUCCACUGACAUCAAUUAGGCUGUUCUGCAGAAUCUUUUGUAAAAAAGCAUUUUGAACAUUUCUGUGUGCCUGCCUGUCCUGCACCCAAUUUUGUCCUCCAUGUCUCACCUGGUAAUAGCUAAAUAAA